AUGACCAACGAGACUCAAGAAGAGACCCCAAUUGUGAAAUUGCGUGGAGCAAAAAAUGGCUCGACAAAUGUGAAUGCUCAGGCUCAUUCAGCUCUUGCACGUGGAAUUGAGGCGCUUAACGAGGGUGAAUUUACCGAGGAAACUGAAGAGAUUCGAAAACUUGAUACUCAACUUGAUCAUCUUAAUGAUUAUAUGUCAAGAAUGGAAGAGAGACUUAAGGUAACUUAUAUUUUAAAAGAAAACAAGAAUAAUUUUUGAAAAUUUAGGCGCACAACGAUCGUAUGAUGGAAACAUUGAAGCAACAAAAAGAGGAGCGUGAAAAACGUCGUCGAAGUUUCCACGAACGAAUGUCUCAAAGUCAAUCGGAAGAUCAAGAAUUCAAAGAGCAAAUGAAAAACAUUUUGAAGCGAGUGCAAUCGGUGAAAAAGACCUGA